AUGGCUGGUAGGGAGGACCAUAAUCAACCUCACAGUCACGAUCCUCCAUGUGGACCUCGCGACUCUAUCUCCAGAGACCGAAGUGACGACAAGGAAGCACUCGCGCGCCGCGACUCGAACGGCAAACCUCACUGGAAGCCCGCCCCCGCCGCUGAAAGCCAUGAGGACCGUUACAAUAAAAUCAAGCACGAGCUCCAGGUGUCAGGCACGAAACCAGUUGAGUUCUCUUCAGUAGAGAAACUCAAGAGAAAUCAGCUGGUUAUAAACGAAAAGAAGAAGAUUCGUCUCGAAACAAAACUCGACCGGCUCUACGUCAAAGUGCAGGCGCAGCUUGAUUCAGUAUUAAAACAGCCACCGUCCACAGAUCCGUCGUCCGCGCCAGCACAAAACACAGUAUCCCAAACAGACCUCGAGCCACGAUUGGCACAGCUGCAGGCGCGGUUCGAAAACACAGUAUCGCAAACAAAGUUCGAGCCACGUUUGGCGAAGCUACACGAAUCGAUAACUAAGUGGACGGAGAUUCAUGUUCAACGCGAGAUCGAGGCGCUCAGGCAAUUUGUUCUCGAACGGAGGGAGCCCAACAAUGCUGAGAUACAGGCGCUACGGGAUAGCCUUGGCAAAGAAAGGCAAAAGUCACAGGCUUUACAAAAUAAAAUAGAGGAAGGACAGCGCAAGAGUCAGUCCUUGGAAGAGAGACUCAGCCAGCUUGAGCGGAUGUACCAAACCAUUAAGCCAACAGAACUGCAAAUAUCUUCAGAGGUCAACAAGACAGUCACUGCUAAAGUGUCAGGCCUGGAGGAGAAACUCAACCAGUGCAUGACGAGCACUGCCGAGACGACGGAGCAGCUGCAAAGUCUCGAGAAACAACAGUCAGCACGCCCUCAAACAGUGGUCCCGGUGGUCCCCAACCUCACAGCUGAAGUUCGUCACCUGCAAGAAACCAUUGAGAUGCACAAAUCGACUGUUGAAAUUUAUGGACGUAAUGUGAAUUCUCUGAAACAACAGACAAUUGGGGACCUUGAAAAGGCUACGGCACAUUCAUCAAACGAUAUCCAGGAUUUGCGGGCACUUGUCGAGGAGCAAUCUUCUACCAUUGAGGAUCAAGGCAAGAAACAGAAGGACUUGAAGAAAAUUGUCUCGUAUUUGCAAAAGACUGCUCGGGACCUGGCCGAGAAACACAAUGUCUUAGAUUCCACGGUCGAUCGCUUGUGUUCCGACCAGGCUGACGAGCACCGUGUACUGGAUACUGCCGUUGCCAGAUUGCGUUCUAGCACAGAAAAUUGCACGACAGAACAGCAGACACUAAGUUCAAACAUGACUUCUCUGAAUUCAUCAGUGAAAGACAAACUGCAGGCCCUGGACAUCCAGGCUUCGGAGUUGGCUUCCUUGCAAGUGUUGGUAAAACAUCAGCAGGAAAAGACCGACGAUUUGGGAAGAAAGCUUAUUUCUAUUUCUGCUUCUUCAGAAGAGGCGCCGAAAUUGUCUUCCCUGCAGUUGUCCGUCAAGAAACAGCAGAAGAAGAGCCAUGAGUUGGAAGAGACUGUUGCUUCUCUAGAAAGAAAGAUUUCAGAGCAGCCUCUCCAGGAUUUCAAGAAACUUGCUGGAAAGAUUCAAGAGUACCCGCCUGCUACGGAUCUCAAUCGCCUUCUGGCAGACUAUCCGUCUGGUAAAGAGUUGAAGAUACUCAUUACUGAUAUACCAAGAUUAAAAGAAUCUAUAUCGAGUUUGAGAGCACGGCAGACUCCGCCUCCACCCGCGCCGGCUCCGGAUUCUUUAAUGAACAGAGAGACAAUGAUGCAGACUCUACAACCUAGUUUCUCGCAGUUGGAAACUGGUAUCAAGGGUGAGAUGAACGGGAAGAUGACAGACUUGUUCGAAAAGUUGUUGGUGUUCGUCAAGAAUGAGGUCGCGGACCUUGAGUCAAAAUUUGAAGAUAAGUUGGGUAAUAGCAAUCGCCAAACGAAGAUGGUCAAAGAGCUGUGCGACAACCUGACAACACGGAACACUGAACAAACCACCAAGUUCGAUGAGGCGAUCUCAGUACUGGGCGAAAACGUCGAUAAAGUCCGCAACGAAUCAAAGGCUUGUACUGAUGAUCUUCAGUACCAGAUAACAUGGCUUCAUGAUGGGUUAAAGAACCUCAGCUCUAAGCAGUGGUAUGACAAUGUGGCCAAACAAAUCAUGAGCUAUAUACCUGCUCAUUUCAACGUGCAGUUGAAUGGUCUCGUUACCCGGGUUAGUUACCUCGAAGACCGAGUUAAUGACUCGGAAAACGGUAACAAGAGACGCAGGGCAGCUAAUGGCAGUCCGUUGGUGACGAGUGGUGCUCGUUAG